CUUUAUUUUGCUGUUAAAUUUUCAUGUUAUGUUGGCUAACAUUCUUUAGGUGUUUUCCCUCUAAAUGGUGAAAUGUCAAAUAUUGAGGCAGUGAAUCAUUUUCGAUUUGAACGUUCAAUGAUAAGGAUAAUAUUUACGUAGGAAUUAAACUGCAUGUUUUGAUUUCAAAUGGAUACUUUUAUGCAAAGAUUUUUACGGAGAGCAGACUCGGUGCGGGGGAAGGAAAGCGCGGCCUGGACGAACGGGGGACGGACGCGCUGGCAGUUGAUUUGGGAGGCGGUCGCCGAGGAGGUGGAGCCGGGCGGUCUCGAACACGCGGGGGCCGGCUGGGGCGAGGCCCGGGAGGGCUCGGAGAGCGGGACGAGCUCCGACCGGGACAGUCCCCGGGCGUGGGCCGCGGGCGGGCGGUUGAAGAUGGGCGAGCAGAUCCUGCUGGCCCACGAGGUGUGCGAGGUGGACUGCCACAAGGAGGAGGUGGGGAAGUUGAACUGUAACAAGUCAAUGAUGAAUGCUGACCAACUCCAAGGAAUAAUAGCAUUUGAUGCUAAUGUGAUUCAAGAUUUGAGAGGGGAAAUUUUGAAUGAAGAUCAAAAUCAAGCCAUUUGUCAAACUAUUAGCAGUGUGAGUUUUCUGGAAGACUGUGGUAGUGUGACGCCUGAUGAAAUUGAAGCAGACACUAGCUUGGAAAAAAAUAAUCAAGAUUUCCUCAACCAUUUGUUGAAAAAGGCCUGUGCACAGCGGGACGUGAUCAUUCAGGUCUGCAAGGUCCUCGAACUGUGCAAAUCGUCUACAUUCAGCGCGUCUGAAGAGCGGGUAGAAAGUGAAAGAUUUCUUCUGCUGGCUAACCAGAGGCUGAAAGCAAUUCUUAAGGAAGUUGAUCACGCGAAGAGCGGUGGCCCUGAUCGCAGGGAAAGUCUCAGCAGAGGAACGCUGACGCUGACGGACAUUACCGUCCCGCUCAGAGGAGAGUUCGUAAACGCUGCUAAGACGGAAGCAGUGAGCUUCUGGUUCGUGUGCCUGGCCUUCCACGGGGAGUCUGUCGUGCCGACGAGGGCCACUUGUGAACUGGGGACCGGCGCGCUGUACUUCUCUGGCCCGCUCUGCCUGUCGGACCUCGACGAACAUUUCAAACUGGUCUUGAACAUUUACAGUCUGCGUCUCAAGAAGGUCAAGCCGCAGUUCAAGAAGAAAUACAAGAUUAAGAAGUGCAAGUUGCUGUCCAUCCGGGUGAAACAAAACGUGACCAAGAAAGUGAGUUUGCCUCCGUGUUACAUUUCACACUGCUCGUCGUUCACACUGGUUGGCAGCCUGGAACUAGAUGCAGCUAACAUGAAGUGUCGCUCGUGGCAGCUCACCAAGGUGACUGACGCCUCGCCGCUGGCGGGCACGGCCCACGUCAGGACGGAGCCGGCGCUCCGCUCCGUCGAGGCGUCCCGGUCGGGCCCGCUGUCCGUGCUGGAGGAGGCGGCCGGCGGGACGAGGCUGUGGCAGCACCGCUGGUGCCGCCUGCGGGGGUGGCUCUUCUGCUUCUGGGGCUACCCCUCGGAGAAGCACCUCGGCAAGCCGCCGCUGGGGCGAGUGGACCUGCGUCUAUGCGUGGGCGAGGUGGGGCCCGCCCCCAGGGAGCUCUGCUCCCGGCCGCACGCCUUCCUCGUGGAGACGCGCCCCGGCACGCCAGCGUCGAGGCCGUCCGGGGGACAGAGGCACAUUUUUGCAGCAGACUCCAAAAGACAACUGGAAGAAUGGUGUGAGUUGCUAAACAGAGUCGUGGCCAGCUUACGUCUCUGGAAUGCUUUAGAGGCCUAAAAACACCAAUACAAGUCUGAUCUCUCAAUACCAAAGAAGUGAAUCACCAUGAAUUAUAUUUUUUACGUUAUGUAUGUCAGUUUUAACAUUCGUUUUAUUUUUAUAGUAUACUAAUUUAUUACAGUUUUAACAUUUUUAAUCAACAAAGUAUAAUAAAUAGUUGUUUUGCAUUUU